GUGAUUUCAAUGCCAUGGCAGUCACCAAUCACAACGAAUGGUGGUCUUUGCUCUCCAUUUUCAGUGAGGUUUUUUCUUCAUAUUCUAUAUGGGGCAGUCUUCCAGAUAGCUUUGCAUACUCAGAAUCUCUCUUGAUAAACGCAAAAGGACUCCAAGUGGAAUACUCCAAGAUUCUAUCAUUAGUCACAAGCAUGGAUUUAUCAAACAAUAAGCUUUCCUGUGAGUUGCCUGACGAACUCACCAAAUUGCAUGGGCUGCAUUUCUUGAAUCUUUCUUACAACCUUUUCAAUGGAAAGAUACCAGAAAGCAUCAGUGACAUGAAACAACUGGAAUCACUUGAUCUGUCAGAGAACAAUUUAUUUGGAACCAUUCCUUCAGGUAUGUCUACUUUGAACUUCUUGAGCCAUUUGAACGUAUCACACAACAAUUUGUCAGGAACAAUUCCAUCGGGCGGCCAACUUCAGACGUUUGAACCAUCAGCCUAUAAUUGGAAUCAUGAUCUCUGUGGAUCACCUCUUCAGAAUUGUGCUAAUGAGACACAUUAUUCCCAAGAGGCCAACGAAGAAGAAGGAAAAGGAGAUUGGUCAGAGAUGUUAUGGCUUUCCGUAGGUCAUGCAAUGGGAUUCAUAAUUGGCUUCUGGAUGAUCAUCGUUACCAUUAUGAUGAACCAAACCAUAAGAAUUGCUUAUUUCCGAUCUGUUGACAAAGUACAUGAUUGGAUAUAUGUUAAGGUGGUCGUGUACUCUCGGAGGCUAAAAUCAAUUUGCUCAAGGAGGAACUGAGGUCCAAAGUAACAAGUUGGGUGGCCUAACUAGUUAUAUCAAUAAAGCGAUGUUAG